CCAUACCCGGAGCAACGGUGAAAAAAAAAAAAAAAAAAAAAUUGCCCCACCAAGCACGACAGGUUUUACAUAACAGUUGUCAUGAUUCCUACUACUGUACGUGCUGCUGCUAAGCAACUCGACUGGUCCAAGUUGGCCGGAAGUCUUCCCAAAGAAAGCGCGGCUUCCUUGUUGGCAUUCCGCAAGCGCAACGAUGAAGUGAAGCGUCUCUUGCACGAACUCAAAGAACAAUCCACCACCGUCGAUUUUGCUCACUACCGCAAGGUCUUGAAAAAUCAAGACAUCGUCGCUCAAUCCGAAAAAGCUUUGUCUGGAUUCAAGCCUGUCACCUACGACUUGGAUGCUCAAUUGAAGGCCAUUGACAAAUUUGAAGCCAAGGCUGUCGAGAAGGCUAAGCAGAAGGUUCAACAGAUUGACACUGAAUUGAAGGAUCUUCAUGCUACCCUUGAUAAUAUUCAAGGCUCUCGUCCCAUUGAACAGUUAAAGGUCGACGAUAUCUUGAACGCCAAACCCGAGAUUGUCAAGGAGAUCGAGGGUAUGCUCCAAAAGGGCAAGUUCACUAUCCCCGGUUACAAGGAGAAGUUUGGCGACAUCUCUUACUUCUAAACCUAAAGCGUUGUCAUCCAGUAUAUUUUGGGCCGAAACUCGCGCUAAUAUUCAGCGAGGACCAACGUUCAUCAUAUAUAUACCGAAAGGAUAUUGUUGUAUGCCAAUGAUAGAAAAUGUAUAUCAAGAAACAAGCACAUAUAAAAGAAAUCAAAAAC